AUGGACGAAAUCGCCCGGCUCUGGAACCGUGCCAGGGAUGAUUGCUCCCAUUUCUACCAUGGUCUCAGAGGCAACCUCUCACAACGCUACGCCAAUCUCCGCGACCGCUUCAACCGCAUCCGCACCGCCUACCAAAAUCGAACCCAUGUCGAGAAAUUCAUGUUUUGGCUUGAUCGCCUGCUCCUUUUCCUUCUCCCUUUCAUUCUGCUUUUUGGGCUGUCACAGCUGCCUCCCACCACUCCAAUCGGCAAUGUCCAGACAUUCACGUUGGAUUUUACGACAGGAUACCAUGUCAUUGCAACAAUGGCGAAUGAGAGCUUUGCUGCCCCACUUCAUGUCAAGGUGGCAUAUGGAAACCGAGGUUUUUUCGAUCCUAGAAUUGGAGAUACGCAUCAUAGCGAUCUUUUUGGGAAUCAAGGGACGGGCUUGUCAGUGAUCCGUCGCGCGCCCGAAAAUAAAAAUGACAAGCCCGACUCGUCCACCAGCUCAAGUUCACCUGCACUCAACGGCGAGCACGUCACUCACCUUGCCUUAACCCCAAUCUUCCCCACCAACACCAACAAAUUCCGGCUCAUGUGGGCCUGGCCUGGCUACUUAUCCUCCUGCCUUUUGAUUCCCAACUCUGCCCGUGGAAACCGCCUCUCCGUGCGCCGUCUCCUGAAGGAGGGCUGGGUAAUAAUCAUGAAAGAAGACGACGGCACGAUUGAUUCGGGGCCGCGCACAGGGGAACAUGAUGGGAAAGAUCAGAGUGGUGGGUAUGCGUGGGACGGAGAUUAUGAGUUUGUGGGGCGCGCAGGUUAUGGCGCCAAAGUCGACCAGGGACGCGGGUCCGGGAAACAAGGCAUGGAUGCGGGCAUGGUGCUUAGGCAUCGUAAGUUGGGUUGGGAAAUUAGGCCGAAGUGGGUGGUGGUGAGUGAGGGAUAUGGGGAGUGGCGGGUUGACCUCAUGGUGCCAGAUUAUAGGCCUUGGGGAAAUUGGGCGAGUCGGACGUGGGCGAGAAUGAAUCAUUGA